AUGCCCUCCGCAGUGUCCACCACUGAACUCCAAACGCUUUCAUCAAAAGCUAUCGCGGCGAAGGAAACGGCGUAUUGCCCGUACUCAAAAUUCCGCGUGGGAGCCUGUCUGCUCACUGAAGAGGGAGAGUUCGUUGUUGGCGCCAAUGUAGAGAAUGUCAGCUACCCCGUCGGCGUAUGUGCUGAAAGAUGUGCUUUUGGGACUGCAGUGGUUGCAGGCCACAAGAGCUUCAAAGCUAUUGCAGUCGCGACAGACAUCUCUCCCGGCGCCUCGCCGUGCGGGAUGUGUAGGCAGUUUAUGAGAGAGUUCUGCACCCAGUCUUUCCCCGUUUACAUGUAUGGUAAGGAUGGGAAGUAUAUCAUGAAGACGAUGGGCGAGCCGGAUACUGGAGCUGCACAAGGCAAAGCUCGAGAGCUGAAGCUCCAGGACAAUGUCUCAGUUGCGUCCUUCCGUCAGGGAAAACCUGACAGCUACAUCACAGCUUACUAUCAGGGCAUACAUAUAUGUCUUAUUGAUGAAGAAACGAGAAAUUUUGAGAUUCUCAAGGAAAUUGUUCCAACAGACCAGAAGGAUAAUAUCCAUUUCAACGAUGGAGUUGGUGGAUGCUAA